UUUACCUUCACGCUUACUGUAGGUUCCCUUAUUCUAAUUGGAACACAUUAUGUCUUGUCUAUUUUACAUCUACCAACAGGGGUCUGGCCUUGAUCUUUACAAUUGCGAGCUUUUGAUUUUUUCCAAUAACAAAUGUAUAAAUGAGAAUUCUAAGGAAAAUUGUCCAGCAAGCGCCCCAUUAGUUGCGGUCCCUGUACCACAAUGCUGUCAAAUAUAAUUUUCCAAAAAAUGCUUCAUUAAAUAGACUUCGCAUGUAUGACAUUUUAUAUCUCGUACUGUUGAAGAAAGCAAAGCAGAAAAAUAUUCAUAAAACGAUACAAGGUGCGUCAACUAUGAGAGGGUCGAAUUCUGCAUUUCGUCUGUGUCAUAGCAGAAAUUGUGCAAAACGCUGGGCUUUUCUGAGCUUACAGGUUGCCACUGAGCUAUUGCGAGGAAAAUAGCAAAAUUUAACCUGAGUUUCCAACAGUAUUAUUACUUCUAUGAAACUACCACUGCGGACCAAUGCAUCGAAAGCGCUGAACAACAAGGAGGAGGUCGUUUUGAAAUUCGACUCCAGCUUAAUUUUGGAAUGCAAAGGAAACAUUAGAUGAGACCAUUAAUCAAUCAAGAAUUCGCCAUCAAAGAGGAGACUAGUAACGUUUUUUGCUGUCACUGAUCUGCGAAGAUAGUUGAAAAAUUUUCUUAAAUGCGAAAUGAAGUAAAGAGAAAACCUAUUGGAGAAAAGAUAUGAGAAACUAUUUGGCACCUAUGAAACACACCAUCUGUCUCGUUGUUUUGCUUUUCGCAGCGUGCCAAAGAAAAAACUAUGCUUUAUCAGACUAUGGAUUUGAAGUCCACGGCAGAUCCGGUUUCAUAGCUAGUCCAAACUUUCCGCAUCCUUACCCGAAGAAUAUCUCCUGCCACUGGAACAUCACAGUCGAAGAGGGGUUCACGAUUUACAUCACAUUUCUAGCUCUGAACUUGGAAGCUAGCAUAGGCUGCACCAAAGACAAUGUCCAGGUCCGUAAUUCUACCACUGCUCCCUGGGAAAGGUAUUGUCUUAGUGACCCAGGUCUUAUUUCAUCAGAGUCCGGAUGGAUGGAGAUCAAAUUUUCCAGCGAUGCAAAAAAUGAAGAGAGUGGAUUCAACCUUACUUGGAUUGCUACUAAACCGGACUCAACUGGUCCUUCAACUUCCCUUUCUGGUUCCCUUUCUACAACGCAAGCCUGUAUUGAACUACCAAACUUCACUACAGUCACCGUGUCAUCAUGUGAAUUGCAAUCCAGUGAUGUUGUUCCGCAAAUCUCCUCGCCAAGUCUUUAUGCUAUUUACUCCACAAUGGAAAGAUGUGAGUGCUCGUUUGCUGACGUCACGAGUGCUCCAAGCGCUAGUUCUGAAAUCGGAAUAGACCACUCAAAAGUAGAUGCUCCUACUACUCUUCUGCUUGCAAAGAGCAUCGUAUUGACCAGUGUAGAAAGCCCUCUUACGUAUUCUAUCGUUAACACACCAACAACAGUGCAGUCUGCCCCUCAUGAAAUCAACAUCAAUCAAACGAAGCAGGAAGUUAAGAAUAGUUUAGCUUCAAGAAUUAAUUCGCCUAUGGAAACAAGCGGAGGAACCUCGAAACUGACAGGGAAUUCUUGCUUCAAAAGGGAAGCUGAAAGAGAGAAUACAUCAACACUGAUUGUUGCAUUUUCAGCAGCUGGUUCAUCGCUCUUUCUUAUUGCACUGAUUAUUAGUUGUUUGUUAUAUAGAGAAAAAAGAGCCAAUAGAAUCGAUACCCAAAUACAAUGACUUAGGUGCUUAACUGGCUAGCAAGAACAGCAAAGAAGAACGCUUUUUUCGGCAAGACGGGCAGGGGGGAGGGGGCAAAAAUAAAGUGUGUGCUUCCAAACUUCCUGAUCCACUCUCACCCUCGUGUUUUUUGAGGCUGUGAGCCUGUUACCUAAAGUUUAAAGAUGGCAUUUGCAAACAACUAUUUUGUGGUACAGAUUGUUUUCAUUAAUGUGAAGUAUCUACCAAAAUACCCCAUUAACCUUAAAUCUACCCCAGUAUCAUGAUCAUACUUUUUCAUGGAAUCCUCUUUCUAGGUGCACGUACUUUAUUUAAGAUCCACCCCCUUCAAAAGAUAAAAUAAAUUGCAAAGUAAGUCGAGGAUUUUGUUCGGGAGAUGAAUCAUGCCUGUCUGCCAGACAUGCACUAGCCCCCGUUUUGGGGUCAUUGCACAUGCGCAUUAUCACUUGAAGCCUUGGCAGGAAGUUCAAAAUUUUUGUGGUCGCAGACAGACACAAUUUCAAACAGCUGUGCGAAUUCUGUUAUUAAUGCGCAUGUGCUAUGACCCCGCAACACGGAUUGGUUUACAAUGGUAUUGUUUCGAAACAGAGGACUGAUAGUUUCGUCUCCCGAACAAGAUUUUUAUAUUGUGAAUGUAAUUUGUAUCUCGAUGUCAACCCAAUGUCAUAGAGAGUUGUAUCUGAACUUACUUAAAUGUAAUAUAAUCAUUUAUCACUUUAUUUUGGUUGCGAAUUAAGGCUCUUAUCAUAGUAGUUCUUAUCAAUACCUUGGUCUUCUUAAUUCAUAUAUCUUGAUUGAACGUCGUUUUACAAGAUUUAGUAAUUUUCUGAUAAGGUUUAUAUAAACAUGGCAUUUUAUAUUAUUGUAAUAAAUGCUGUCAAACAUAGUCAAUUUUGAUUACGCAAGUGAGUUGCGUAUUAGAGAGUGUGGCAGUAAUUAAGAGCACUGUCGGAAAUGCUUAUUUCUGCUUUUUCUAUGACAUAAGAAGAUUGUAUUAUAUUGCAAUGAUCUUCUAGUGGGGGUAAUAAAUGCAGUUAUUAUCAGCUUUUGCUGGCGCAAUAAACAUGAGACUUUCUGAAAUUUUUAUUCUUUCAACAAAUACGAUACUUACUUCAUUGUUUUCUACAAUUCUUUUCUCGAGACUAUAUGUUGCAUACACGUAUGACCUUUUUUGUAACGGUAAUUUUUGUUUCAGUUUUUUUAAUCAACACAGUAAGAAUAGCGUCCCGUCAUCUGCUUUGUUUUUAUCGCCAGCAUUUUGUCCCGGGGGAGGGGAGGGGGUACUCCCAUUAUGACCUAACAAGGGGUCCAGUCAGGGUCGAGGAGGGCCAAAGCGAAAACGUUAACAUUUUUUCUCUCAAAUAAUAGCCUAUUUUAACAAUAACCCUCAAAUAGUAGCAUAAGGGCUGAAAUUAUGUCUUCGGUAUUAGUCAUUCCUCGGUACGCGCCUGGUACUUCUUUGACAAUUUUCUUCAACAUUGACUGUUGUUGAUUUGGGAAAGAUAAAAUUUUGUUCAUUAUCUGUAAUAAAUCACAAGCUAAACCAAGACCUUUUGUUAUUAUCGAAAUAUUUGGUAGCCAUUUGGUAGGACCCUAAAAUCGACUGGACCCCCUGUCAGGACCUAAUGAGAGUAACCCCCCCCUUGAGCACAAUAAUUAGCGACGACCCUGCUGCGUUGGCAAUCAUGUUGGAAAUGAAAGCUGAUAAUGACGAUGGGCGAAGGUGAAUAUGUAACCAAUUGAUGAUAUCAUGUUAAAGUUGGAAAUAAUUGUAAAAAGGCAGGGGAAGUCAACAAUUCUUUACGUAUUGAUGACGAACAAAGUCUAUAGUUUUAUGUAGGUGUAAAACCCGUGCUUCAAAGAGUGUUUUUGCUGUUGAUGUACAAUUUUUUUGAAUUUGCGUAUUAGACGAAUUUGCGAAUUCAGAAAGGUACCUCUGGGAUUAUAGAGCAAUUUUUAUGCCUUGUUUGUCUCUAGAGGUUUUUGCGGGUACUGCAGUAAGCUUAAUUCUCUCGAGAGCAAAAGAAAAAAGACAUCAAUAAUCUUUUUAUAAAAGAAUGCGCCCCAAGUUCACAGCAAAAUUAAGAAGCUGAGCAGGAGCCUACCCUUUGGAAUCCCUAUUCAGUGUAACUAGAUGCAAAGUGAGGCGAGUUGGUUUUGUGAUGUUUGAGAUGGACGUGAUUUUAUCGUGGUUUGAACGAAGUCAUUCUAAAGCAUGUAGGAUAAAGAACACAGUAAAUAAUGGCUUAAAGCAUCAUAAAGGUUUGUGGAAAAUGUUUUUCAAUCUUUCAUUUGAGUUCUAGAUUAAUUGGUUAUUUACGCUGUCAUGCAAAUGGUGCCCCUCGUGUCAAAUAUGCACUUUAUGUGUCGAAUUUUCAAACUCAAAAAACAAUAAGAAUACAGUCAAAACUGUAAGGUCAAUAUGAUGUUGAAUUCGGCAAAUCUUCUUUUUUGAUUUUCACACAAUUUAAAGUUACCGACUAGCAAUUAAUAUUGGUUUUCAUUGAAUUGACCCCGCCAUCAUAGGCCUACCAGAUUGUAAAGGAUAUUUUUCGCGGGGAGCGCCAGAAUAAUAAAUGUAUUUUCUGACUAAUGAAUUGUUUCUGAGAAAUCAUUUCGAAUCGCAGGAAUUUCAGAAACUUUCUUUAAUUUACUUAUUUCUUCCUUCUGUAACAUUUCUAUUCCUGAUAAUUAAGUUCUUUGUCUGGUAAGGUCUUGAUUUCCGGACGUAGGUGGUUAAGAAAUAUGAUAAUUGAUUCUUUUUUCAAUUAUCAAACUUGAGAAGUUUUAACAGAAUCAAACCCAACUUUGACCACUAAGAAAACAUAUUGAAUACCAAAGGGACAGGAGUGAGACCGCGCGACAAAAUGUCACAAAAGGCCAUUAAAAAAGGCCACCCAGUAACCUUGCCUAUCUUUUCUUAUUUCUUACUUCUUAUUUCUACUUCUUUUUCUUGUUUUUAUUACAUUCUUCUGUUUUUCAUUAUUAUUAUUAAUUCAAUUCCAAAAGUAUUCUAGAAACUUGUAAUUAUUCAAGGUUCAUGAUUAGAUGAAAUAAAAAUGGAUUGCUUUGUAACGAAAUUCAUCGCUUCAUAAUGAGACGCGGUUAUUGAUGAGAAAAAUGCAAAUUAUUAUUACGAGAAAACAAUCCGCGUGCAAGUAGACAAUUUGCACGUCUUGGAUUAUUGGAAGUAUCGUGGAUUGGAAAGAUAAUGCGCGGGUGAAAGGACGUUCUAAUAAUGCGCGGGUACCCGCGGCAAAUAACGUUACAGUCUGAUAGACUCAAACCAAAACGAAGCUCACAUGGUCAAGUGUAGGCGAUUCCCUGGGAAUCAAGGCUGGCUGCACAAACCUUGUAAAGUUUUCUCCAGUUAGAAUCAACAGGUACCUUCUUGAAUACACAUGCAAAUAGAUUCGUAACACUUUUUAAACUUUAGUUUUUACGGAAUUGAGUAUAAAAUACGUAGGCAAUUAGGUUUGCGAAACAUCAUAUUCAAACUUGAUCAGAAUCUCGCCUUUUUCGUUCUGGUACAAUCAAGGGGUUGACUUCACGAGAAUCGGACUCAAAUCCUCGUGUUUGACACUGUGUGCACUCCUUCGUUGAAUGUUGUACGCUUUCAAAUUGCACGGCUCCAUUAUCUAACCUGUCAAUUUUCAUUGAGCCUGUAUUUUC